UACCUGCUGUGAAAGACAGGUGAUCACAUGUUAAAUUUUUGAUGACUGAGAAAAUGGAUACAUGUCAUAGAGAUACCAUAAAGCUUAAUACAUGCCAUAAUGUGUGUUGAUAUCCUCCAACCAGCACUCUUUGAAAUGAGCAUGUCAACGGUAUAUUCAGGAUAAUAACCAAAUUUUAAAAAAAUUCUUGUGAGAAGCACAGCACAUGACAUUUGGGUUCAAAGAAAGUAUUAUAUAAUGUAUACAAUUUUAAAAGCUUAUCCAAAAUAGGACAACACACAUAAUUGGAAACCAUGCAAAAACUGCUUCAUGAACUUUUUUACAAUCAGUUACAUCAAACAUUAAACAUGUAAAGAGUAUUGUAUGUCAGGUGUAGAUCAGUUUCUUCCAGAGCUAUUUGACACCCAUGAAAGGCAGCUUUCUGCCCUAAGUGAGUCAGGUGACCAAGCAGUUUGAUACAGUCGCACGUUGAGAUCCCGUCUGCCUCCAGUGUGGAAGCAUAGGAGACGAGAUGACGUUCAUUGCCAAGACCUUCUACGACCUGAGGGCCACCACGCUGGAGGGUGACUCGGUGGAUUUCAACGUGUUCAGGGGACGAGUGGUCCUGAUAGAGAAUGUGGCCUCGCUCUGAGGCACCACCACCCGGGACUACAGCGAGCUUAGCCAGCUUCAGAGCAAAUACCCCCAUCGCCUGGUGGUCCUGGGUUUUCCAUGUAACCAGUUUGGAUAUCAGGAGAACUGCUCCAAUGGUGAGAUCCUGAGGUCCCUGCAGCAUGUGCGCCCAGGCGGCAACUAUCAGCCCAACUUUACCAUCUUUGAGAAGUGUGACGUCAACGGAACAAACACACAUCCGGUUUUUGCCUACCUUAAAGACAAGCUCCCUUAUCCCGAUGACGACCCCAACUCCCUCAUGAAGGACCCCAAAUUUCUGGUUUGGAGUCCCAUCUGCAGGACGGAUGUCUCUUGGAACUUUGAGAAAUUUCUCAUUGGGCCAGAGGGAGAGCCCUUUAAAAGAUACAGCAAAAUGUUCCCCACCAUUGACAUAGAGCCUGAUAUUCAAAGACUGUUAAGAUUAACCAAGAACUAAGAAUAGCAUCCACCUCUUAAUGACUUCUCAUCCAUCACAAUCAAAGCUGAUAUGCUGUCCCCCACACUUUUAAGCCUUAUUAAAUGAGGGUGAUAUUCUGAAAAGCUGAGGGAAUAUUAUCUGAGGCCUUGUAAGUGCUUAAGAGUAGUGGAGGAGUAAAUUCAAUAUAUGUAAAAGGAUAGAAUUCUUGCAAACUAAAACCAAUGUGGGUGUGCUUCAUAGAAAUAAUCACAAGAGCAGUCCUUUGCAUGUCCUUUUGUGUCUUGUCCUGUGCUAGCCCUGCCAGCAGAUGGUGCUGCUGACUUGAUCAUACAAACAGAUAACUUCUGCCGUGCUUUUAUGAAUUAACAUUCAGCGCACACACACGCAGUCACAAAAUGUUUGCACUGCAAUAAAACCCUAAAAAGCAA